GUGCGGUACAUUCAACAGGUGGGCCUUAAGAUCAUAGACACCGCUACAAUCGAACCCAACUCCAACAUGACAUGACUCGCAGCUUAAGCAGUAUUAAUCAUAAUUCUCGGGAGUGAAGACCAGCAUCGAACCAGACGAUCCUCCCAAUCUCAAAACAUUGCCAUCCCCCUUCCUUCUCUCUCCCUCGUCCCUAAUCCGAUGUCCAUCGUACUCGCACACAUCCCCCAAAAGUCCCUCAUCGCACCUCUCUCAUAGUGCGUGUCCACGCUCGCAGUGUCACUUAGUUCUUCAUCGACCCUCUGAACUGUAUCGAUAUCCGGCAUGGUAGGAACUUCAGUGGUUAUCUUACUCUUCCUGCUGAAGAUACUCGGCCGACGUGACUGCCCGCUUGACCCUGGGGAAGUAGUUGUCGACGCCAUCGACCCCUUACGAGAAUUAGAUGAAAAGAAUGAGGGUCGUCGUAGUGUACUGUCUCGACUGCUUUUCGUUGAUGAGCCCCAGGAAAAGAGCGGGGGGCGUCGAGACGAAGGUGUACGGAUGUAGUCAAAGCCUGGGGUUGUGGGAGUUUUCGCACUGGUGCUGCUUACGGACGAUACUGUCUGAACCGUGGCGAUGGACUGAUGGCGCUGGUGCAAGGACGAAGAUUCACUGCUGGUAAAAGAUGAGAUCCAAGAAGGUUUCCGCGUGUCGAUACGGGUUGGGAUGGGUUGGACUUGAGUGCGUGAGCGGUUCAUUGUUGCCGUCUUGGGUGUGGCAAAUGGUCAGAAUGGAGAGGACUCCCGAUGGAUAUCAAUUAUGAUUAUGAGAUGUGAAG